AUGCCUCCCCGGCGGCAGCCUACGCGCCAGGCUCAGGCUGCAUCCGCACCAGUGGACCCAGAGGUAAUUGCAAAGCGCACAAAGCGGCAUCUCGACGAGCUAGAGCGCUCAAACUACGCAGAACCCUCAUCGGCCUUCCCGGGAUUCGAAGACGAUGACGAAACCCUGGGUAGUCGCUCCGUGAAGGGCCGGGCGCGCCAGACAAUAUCCGACAAACGUGAAUGGGACGGGAAAAGGAAGAAAAAGUCCACCAUGAACGUGAGAACCGCAGUCUUGUACAAGAAGAAUCUCUCUGCCCUCCUCGAUGAAUCGGUCAGACUGAACCCAGAUUCGACCUAG